AUGAUUGCUAUUCGGCAAUGUCUCGGGGGACGAAGUUUAGAGAUGGCUCGUAAAAGAGCUGCUAAAGUGAUUUUGCCAGAGCGGCCACUGAGAGCUGGAGCAAAAGAGAUGUUCGAAAUCCACCUUCGCAUACCGGAUGCUGUUGAAGUCGUCAAUUCAGUUGUUAUUUUUGAGGGACGCUGUCGUUCUGCAUUUUCCGGUCACGAUUCCAUCCAUACAUUGAUCUCUAACCGAAUUCCUGUUCCUAUUCAGCAAUUUCUACUGCCAACUUCCAAGGGCACAAUGGUCUUAGCUGAAGGCUAUCAUCGACUUCCAAUGCUGUUGAUACUUCCAGCUGAUCUUCCAGGAUCUUUCGACGGGAAAUAUGGAGCGAUAGCCUAUCGAGUUGUUGCUAAGUUCACACUUCGUCGCUUCCCCACCGGUGAGGAGGCGUUGCUGGAAACGGAAAGUGAGGCUGUGGUCUGGGGUUCAACGGCGACCAACACAAAUCUACCACCUGUUUCAAUUCAAAGGCAUUUGCGGAAGAAGGCUCUCUGCUUCAAUCGUCUGGAUUGCAAUGUAACUUUCGAAGUGGACAAAUCUGCUUUCGUUACCGGUGAACACGUUCUUGUUACUGGUCAAGUGAAGAAUAACCAUAACACCAGUGUACUGAAACACGUUUCCAUAGAAUUACGUCAGAAAGUGUACUACACCAGCGGAGAGGCGAAACGAACAGAUAAUCGACUGAUCACUCGUUUGGUUUGCGGCUCAGUGGCUCCAGGUGACACCCUCACACUCCAUCACUCGAUUCAAAUCCCUCACGACUGCUAUCCAUCGUUGGAAAGAAAUGCGAUCAGUAUCCAGGUCACCUAUGAACUGUUGCUCACAUCGCUCGGGAAUUUCACUGUGGACGCUCCGAUUAUGAUUGGAACUCGUGUCGGUUGCCCAUCACCGCUGAGUAUCACGUCCGGCGAUAAGAGCAGCGUGUACUACUGUGUCCCACCGUCCGAGUACAGCACCGGCAGCGAAGGACCACCUCCGUACAGCACCCAUCCACAGCCUCGUCCUAUGUACAUACCUAUUCAUAUGCUCAAAACACCGUAUCGUCCGUUUGUGCCUGCCUACACUAUGCCGCCGAUGUUCUCCCCACCUCAGUACAAGGAGGAGCCGCGAUUCCUGAAAAUCGAGGAGAUCACCGAUUAA